AGAACCAUGCCUGGGAUACGUUCUAUUCCGAUCUGCCCCGGACAGUUGUACAAGUCUGGAACCUCCUACUCGGCAAUCUAUACACCGUUCAAUUCUCAACUGCUUGAGGGAUUUACCCUCAGGUGAAAGUAACAUUCGCAUAUUCCUUGUCCCUAAUACGCCAUACGUACUACGACAUGUCUACGGUGACACAGUCCAUCUUGAGCCUCGGCGGGGUCUUUCAGAUAGUCUGAUUGAGUACGGUCAAAUAAAGCCUCAAUUCUGUUUCUUUCCAUCGAUCGAUCGAAUAUCCCUCAAUUGGAAGAAUCAAACAUGGCCGCUUCGUUUCCGUCCAAACAGCAAAUGCUGUCGGAUCUUGCCAGCGUGAUUGCAUCAAACGCCACUGUCGUUGAUGACGAACUUGGAAGCAAAGAACUUCCGCCACUAGAUGAUGAGACCUUUCCCAGUUCCUUCCCCCUACUGAGUCCAGAGGGCUCUCGUGCUCGAUUCGAGCUGCUAUCUGCAGCAUUGACUCUGUUCCGGCUCGCGAGCGGACCAUCUGAAACUUUGGACCAUGUCACCAUGAAGGGCUUCGAACUAGGCACAAUCGCAACCCUCCUCCGCCUCCGCAUCCCGGAGCACAUCCCCAUCGGUAGCGCCGUCUCCCUGCAAACCCUCUCUCAAUUAACCUCUAUCGACGUCGACCUCCUAACACGCCUAAUCCGCUACGCUAUCUCAACCGGCUUCCUCACCGAAGCAGAACCAGGCCUCAUCCGCCACAAUGCCCUUUCAGCAGCUACCGCGCGUGACCACAAUAUGCGCGACAGCGCGUUGUGGAAUGUCAUUGUGGGAGCCCCUGGUGGGGUUAAAAUGUACGAAGCGCUGCAGUUGGAUCCCACGGGGAGAGAUAAUACGAAGACGGGGCUUAGUGUUGCUAUGGAAGAGCGCGGGGAGCCGCGCGGGACGAUGUGGGAUUAUCAUGCGUUACACCCCGAGGAUGAAGUGCGAUUCAAUAAUGCCAUGGCAAGUACGGAGACGGUUUCUAUCCAUGCGUGCGAGCAUGUGGUUAGGGGGUUUGAUUGGUCGAAGGUCAAGACUGUUGUCGAUGUCGGCGGCAACGAAGGCCACCUUUGCAUGACAAUAAUAAACGCCUACCCCCACAUAACCGCCACAAUCCAAGACCAAGCCCGCGUUGUCGCAACCUCCGCCCCCCUCCUACCCCCCAAAUACAACACCUCCAUAGCCUUCAAGGAACACGACUUCUUCCACCCUCAGCCCACAAUUGCAGACGUCUAUAUUCUCCGUUUCAUCCUGCACGACUGGCCCGACGACAAAGCCCGCGACAUCAUCCGCAAUCUCCUCCCCGCGCUCAAACCAGGUGCACGGAUCCUCAUAGUUGACCACGUCGUUCCUAGCGUUGGCGCCGGUGAGCAGAAGAUUAAUAGAUAUAUGGAGCAGAUUAUUCGGCAGAUGGAUGUUACUAUGUUUGGGUUGUUGGCGGGGAGGGAGAGGUCGGUGGAGGAUUUUGAGAGGUUGGUGUUUAGGGGAUGUGUUACGCCGGAUGGGAGUUCGUUGAGUAUUUUGGAGUUUCAGUUUUUGGGAUAGAUAGCAGGGUGUGAUUAGUUAGUCUGUCCGAUUUAUCUGGUCUACUCCGUAGAAUACUCAAGUGAGCACGUCACCCCGGAACACAAGAUCUAUGUUAUUCAUUACCAGUAGCAGAGGAGAGUUAAUGAGAAGACUAUUGCAGCAUCA